GUUUUCCAACCAACUGCUUCCAACUACCUAAAAUCAAAUACACAAGUAUCUACGAAAAUGUUAGUAAACUCUACACCAUUGUACUUAGUCAAUUUUCGCAUAUGAGAAACUGCUAAAUUCAAGGAUAUAAGGUUUAAGUCAUGAAAUUAUAAGUGUUUUCAGAAUAUCUCGUGUGUAUUAGAGCAUUCUAAAGCGUAAAGAGAACAUGUAGGUAUGGUGAAUGAUCUUCAAAUGGCGUGGCCGAGAUAUGUUGCACACUCCUGCUCACCGUCCUUCAAAUAAAAUUAUCGUGGUCAAAGUUAAGCUUAGGAUUUAGGAAGGUGCCGGUUGGUUAGCCAAGACAAAAUCAUUUAAUAGUCCUUAAUUAAUCUGAGAUACAUAAAUAGGUAUUUACUCUUUGAUUGGUGUAAAAUGAAGGGAUUUUAUUUAGUUUUAAAAGAUUUUGUGAUGUACUUAAAAACCUAUUCCAAGGUAACUUUCAUCCUCACUUUUUUUACUCUACCGCUUAGCUCACGCCAUUGUUGUUUCCACUUGCAUUAAUUCACUUUCUUUACUGUCGCUGAAAUUAUCAUCUUGUUUGCUGGGUUUCAUUCUCCAGUUUAAGUUUUGUGUGAUUCCUGUCUAUCUUCUAGUGCAUUUAUUUCUGUUUCAAACACAAUCUUGGUCUUCUCAAAAAGCUGACUUAGUAUCUUGGUCCAAACUUUGGGCUACCCGUUUUAGUUUAAGCAAUCUAUUGUCUAUCGGUGUCGUUUCUCUUUAAUAACCCAUGCUUUCGCCUGAACUACAUAUGUAUGAAAGUAGUUAGGGGUGGGCGUCUUCCAACAAAAGCAUGAGUAUAUUUCUCACCAGUUCGUACUGUUCUAUUUUACGACUUAUGAAACAUAGCCUUACUAGAUAAAGUUGGCAGUUUGGUUGGUGAGGUAGUGAACCUUCAUCGACAGGUGGUUGGGACAUGUAUUACGUAUGCCAAACUAGUGCUUAACUAAACGGGUGACGUCUGGUGUAUGAGUAUAUUGGAAGAAAGCUAGGGACAGCCAAACCAAGACAUGGAGCCACCUAAUGAAAUCAUUGACGAUUAGAAUGAUUCGUGUAAAUAGUUGUAGACUGUCUAACUGGGGUCUGCGCGAUUAUCGUAACUAAAGGUUAGAGGCAUUAAGUAACAUGGCUCAGGGCUGUUUUUUAUGGCGUAGAUGCAUUCUCACUUUGUCUCCAACCAGAUCCUGAGCUUUAACGUUACCUUAUAUUUCCUUAUUUCAUGAAUUUUGUCUUCUUCCCGUUCAUAUUGUCUGCUUAAGCUUUUACAAUACGGCUAAUACUGUGAUAUGGGAUUCGUCUUAAUAAUUUUAUCCUGCUGUAUUAAUGUGGUGUGACAACCUGAAUCAAUGAAAGUAUGUUCCGGUUCCUAUGUUGCCUAUAAUUUGCUUCGUAACCUUCGAAAGUACUCAGUAUGUUUUAUCGUGGAACAUUCAUGCGUGUUCAUUUGGUAAUGAAUCUUUUGGGACAUUCUAUUAAUUAAAAUAAAUUUCAAACUAAUAAAACUCAUUCAUUCCAGUUUGUUGGCUUGAACAUAUUCUAAUGGCUGACUAUCUGAAGUCUGCAUUAAGCUAUUUCGCCACCUCAAACACUACUAAAAAUGAAAAUGAAUUUCUUGGCAGUAGUAUAUCUGUCGGGCAACUAAGUUUAAAAGUUAAGAGAAUCAUUGCUGAAGGUGGCUAUGGAAUAGUUUAUGAAGCUCAAGAUGUCAAUGAAAAUACAUCAUAUGCGUUAAAGCGUAUGCUCGCUCACGACAAACCUUCAGUGGAUUUAAUUCUUCAUGAAGUUCGUUUACUGAAACAGUUGAACGGUCAUCCAAACAUCCUUAAGUUUUUUAGUGCAGCAUCUGUUGGUAAAGAGAAAAUGAAGGUUAUUGGUACUGAGUUCUUAAUAGUCACAGAGUUCUGUAAAGGGGGUCAGUUGGAUAAAUAUUUACCGGCAUCAAAAUGUGAAAAUCCCCUGCCAUCGAACGUUAUCUUACAAAUAUUUCAUCAAUGUUGUCGUGGUGUACAACAUAUGCAUAGUCAAUGUCCACCUGUGAUACAUCGAGAUUUGAAAAUUGAAAAUCUAUUACUUACUGAUAAUUUUAUUAUAAAGUUAUGCGAUUUUGGUAGUGCAACUACCAUUACAUAUAGUCCAGAUCAAUCAUGGACUGCUUUAAAACGUGGAAGUGUUCAAGAAGAACUGGAACGUUUCACAACUCCAAUGUAUCGGGCUCCAGAAAUGCUUGAUCUUUACCAAAAUUAUCUUAUUGGUACUCCAUCGGAUAUUUGGGCUUUAGGUUGUAUAUUAUUUUAUUUAACAUGUACUUAUCAUCCAUUUGAGGAUUCAUCGAAAUUGGCUAUUCUCAAUGCUAAUUAUAGUAUACCGGCAUCAAUAAGUUCAGAGAAUGCACCAUUUUGCAGUUUAAUUCGACAAUUACUUCUCAUAAAUCCAUCUCAACGUCCUAACAUAAAUGAAAUUCUUGGUGAGUUAUCUGAAUUGGCGUCUAUGAGAGAAGUUCGAGUAAGUGAUUCUAUUCCUCUGUUGGAAGAAGUUGCUAAAAGACGUAAUGUAAACGUUACAGCUAAUCCUACAAGCCAGCCAAUCAAUCGUAAUGAUCCUAAAGUUAGUGAUUAUCAUCCGAGAUCAAUGCAUUCAGAAAAUAAUGUUGUUACAAAUCCACAACCGUCAUCUAAUAAACCAUCUAGACCCAAUCCUCCAACAUCGCUCUCACAACAAAAAUUAAAUCCAACAGUUAGUUUUAAUCCACCAUCAUCAUUGUCAUCAUCAUCAACAGUAGUCAUAACAACUCAAGCACCUACAGUUAAUCAAAUUUCAAGUAAUCAACAAUUAUCCAAUCAAUCUAUGAGUAAUAUGCUUGGUAUGAUUAAAGGAGGCGCUGGCAAUUUAAUUCGUAAUAUACGAGAUGCAUCAACUAAAGUUAUUGGGACUGUUUCUACCACGUUGAAUACAGAGCUUGAUUUCCAGUUUAUCACUUCACGUAUAGCAGUUACAUCUUUCCCCAUUGAAAGUGGAUUUGAAGUGCUUGCCAAUGUGAAUUCCAUGGAAGAAAUGCAAAACAUGCUAGAUGCACGUUUUUCAGAUGCUUAUGCUGUUUAUAAUCUUAGUAAUCGUCCAUAUCGUUCAGAUCAUUGGUUUCAUGGUAGAGUAUCACAUCGUGGUUUCGAAGCACACCGUGCUCCAGCGCUAAAAUCAUUAAUUGAAUUAUGCUUAAAUGCAAGGUUAUGGUUAGCUCAAAAAUCGAACAAUAUUUGUGUUAUACAUUGUACCGAUGGUAAAACAUUGUCCGCAGUACUAGCAUGUUCCUUAUUAUGCUUUUGUCGGGUAUUUGAUAACGCGUCACCUGCAAUUCAAUUGUUCGCAUCGAAACGUGGCAAUCCUGGCUUGAAUGCAUCACAGAUUAGAUAUAUCAACUAUGUAGCUCAGUUAAGUCAUAAUCGUGUAUUUACACCUCAUCAUUUCCCAUUGAAUCUUAUCAGUUUGAUAAUUGCACCGGUACCAACAUUUAAUAAAUCCAAAAAUGGAUGUCGACCGUAUGUGGAAAUAUUUGAAGGAAAGACCAAAGUAUACUCAACUUACGCAGAAUACGAUAAUUUAAGAUCCUAUGUUCUUGAAGAUGGAAAGAUCCAAAUACUUUUGAAUGGAUUAACUGUCUUAGGUGAUCUUACAGUUAUCAUUUAUCAUUGUCGAUCUUCAUUUGCUGGACGUGGCAAGAUCAGUUCAGUGAAGAUCGCUCAGUUCCAAUUACACACUGGAUUUGUAGAACAUAAUUUAACUGAACUAAUUUAUUUUAAAUCCGAUUUAGAUCAUCUAGAUAAUAGUAGCAGCUUUGCCGGUUUCACUAGUCGUUAUGCUGAAAGUUUUCAUGUUACAUUGGAACUUAUGGUUUCACCAACUGAAAGACCAAGACAAAGUGACAAUCUUGUUUAUCCGUGGGAAACUUUGCCAUCAAAUGAUCUACUUAGUCCUAAACUCUGUGUAUCAAAUCAUGAUGAACUGAAAAAUAUCUUAUCUGAUUACGGCCGUUUUAAUCAUAAACCAUCAACUCGAAUGUAUGAAAAAAAUAGUUUAGAACCUAAUCAAUUAAAUAAUCCAUCAGAAAAAGAUUGUAUAACCACUAAUAUUAAUAGCGAUGAAUCAUGUAAUUCAACAAACCAGUCCACUACAAAUUUGUUUACUACUACUCAUACCAUCGGUGGUAGUACAGUUAAUUUAAAACAAAAUACAGAAAUUAAUGAUAUUUUAGUCUCAGACUUAAUCAGUGAUAAUGACAUGCCAAAGAAUCAUAAUUAUACUUAUUCAUCAACUUCUUCUGAUCAUUCAAAACAGAUUAACUACAAUUUAUUAAGUGAUAAAUUCUGUGGGGAUUUUUUCUCAUCAUCCAAGAAUCAAGAUAAUAAUAAUGUGGAGGCAAGUUCUGAUGACCUGCUUGGAUUCCAUGUGGAAUCUUCAUUUCCAAACACUGACAAUGCUACUACUUCUCCCACUACUACUUCCAAUACUGAUGAUCAUAUUUUAAUUGAUGUAGCACAGAAUCCUUUCGUAAUUUAUAAUAAAAAUUCACUAGAUGAAAUUAUUACUUCAUCAACAACUAGUCAGCAUAGUAAUUCAGAUGAUUUGAAACAAACUGAUAAAAAAUCAUUUGUUGAUGAUUUAUUUAAUUUCAACUCAUCUGUUGAAGUCAAUUCAAAAACUGAUCUCGGUUGGGAGAAUUUAUUUGGUAUCACGUCAUCAGAAAGCACAAAGACCACUACUAUCAUCACCACUAGCCAAAGUACUACUACAAACAACAUUGGCUUAUCCAAUAAUCCUUUUGAUCCAUUUGGUAUAGCCACAUCAGAAUUAUCUGAUUUCUUUUCAGUACCAAAUUCUUAUAUAUCAAGUGAAAACAACUCGACUACUACCACUACUACCAUUCUUCCUGAUAAAACUACCGCUACUGACUAUUCUCCUCCUCCAACUACUAAUACUAAUACUACUACUAGCAAAGAUUACUUUGGACAUCAAGGUGGUCAUUUAAGUGCCAGCGCCAGUGCUAAUAAUUUAAAUCCGCUUUUCGCAUCAGCUUCUUUUACAAAUUUGUCUCCUAACGUUGAAACUAUCCCAGACAAGACUACUAACACAGCAACUACUACUACUGGCAUCAAGAAUCAUGAUCGCCUAGAUCCAUUUGCAGAUUUUGCUGAUGUACUUCGAGAUCGAUUGAAUAAUCAAACUUCUUCCAGUACUAAUGCUACAAAUAGUGAUAAUACAUAUACCCCACCAUCAUCAAAUAGAUCAUCCACAAACUUGGGUGGUUUUUCUGCUGGUCCAAGUCCAGCACAUAAUUUUAAAUCUAGUAUCGACUCAAAGUUUAUGAACAACUCUUCAAAUUAUAAGGAAAGUCCUGAUAAUUUAUUCCAUGGUUAUGAGAAAUCUAGUCAAUCGUAUUCUUCCUACUCCAAUUUUCCUAAUACUACUACUUCUGGAUCUACAUCAAUACCAACUAGUGGAGGAACUGGUGCUAGACCUCAUGUUAAUAAAGAUGCAUUUUCUGAUUUACUUGGUGGAUUUGGUUCUUCUCGAACAAACAACACAGAUGAUAAUAAACAACCAAAAACAGUAAAUCAGAUUCGUCGUGAAAAAAUGGCUAAAACGGUCGAUCCAGAGCAAUUGAAAGUCUGUGAUUGGGCUGAGGGUAAAGAUCGAAAUCUUCGAGCAUUAUUAUGUUCACUACCGGCCAUAUUAUGGGAUGGAGUACAAUGGAAUCAUGUUGGUAUGGCUGAUCUAAUAACACGUGAACAAGUUAAACGUCAGUAUCGGAAAGCUGCUCGUGUAGUUCAUCCUGAUAAGUGGAUGAGUACAUCACACGAGAAUAUCGCACGUCUAGUAUUCGUUGAAUUAAAUGACGCUAUGGCUGAAUUUGACAAAAAUUUUAACAAUUCGUCAGUCAAUAUGAAUUUUUAACAUUUCUUUUGUUUUACCUCAUUUCAAGUAACAUUAUCUAUACGUUCUUGUAUUUCUUCUUUAUCCAACUGUGAAUUUUCCUAUUUAUCAUACAAUUAACUAAUUGUAUCACUCUCUGAAGUCAUUCCAUCCUGAAAGCAAAUACUCUUUUUGAUGAGUUAUCAUAAUACAUCUUUUUGUUCUAUCUUUUUAUUCAUCUAUACACUGCCAGGUAACUCAUCUUCUGACUGACAAUCUAUGUAAAUCUGUGAUGUAGAUGAUUUUGUUUCAUAGGUGGGAGAUCAAGCAUUAUUUAUACAUUACUAUCCUUGUUUUCAUUUAUUAUUGUUCAUCGAUGAUGGUAAUACUGGUUGUGGGCAUUGGUUAUAUUGUUACCCGCUCUGUUUCCUUGAACUAAGUCCUUCUUAUCCAUUUGUCUCCCCAUUUUUAUUUGUUUUUCUCAUAUGAUCACGAAGUAUUACCAUUAUUAUCAGAUUUUGUCCAGUUUUUUCUCAUGAUUUUUGUCACAAUGAUGUCAUACAUCAUCAUUUGUAAUACAAAGAACAAAGAUAAGAGAGAAUUUUUCUGUUUGUUUAUUUAAAUAGUGCAAUACAAGCGCCUGUCAUAAAAAACAUUCUUUUGUGCUUACAUUCACAUGGGAUUUGUAUAUAGUUUAGCUUCGACGAUGUACUCGUUGUUGUUAUUUAGUUAGUGGUGAUAUUCUUUCUAUUGCUGGUUUGCAGGAAAAACAAAGCUGAGAAACAAAAACAAAUUAGUUUUCCAGUUUAGUAAAAUAACAGUUUUAUAUUUAAAAAAUUGUUAUUUUUCCUACUUAUCAGUAAAAUAUAUAUCUUUUGUUUUCUUGAAUUUUCUUCUCCCACCUCUCAUCGUUAGUUUAUUAUUCAUCUGAAUAUCAAUAUACUUUCACGAUACAUUUGUUUAGUUCCAAACAAUUAUUCGACUGCUUCGUCUUCUAACAUUGUCGUUAUCAAUAUCUUUAUCAUUAUUUUAAUAAAGAAAAUGAUAAUAAUCGUCCAUAAAUGUUUUCUUUAUCUGAUCUUAUGCUAUAGCAUCAUAGUGGAUCAGAUCAGAGUGUCUGUUUGUGUGUGUGUUUGUAUAUAAAGUUCAGUUUCAUUGAUUGAUUACAUAGCUUUAAUUG